GUAUGUCCCCCUGCCGCGCAGUGCGCAUGUGCGGGGCUUCCCGCCCGCCUCAGAGCUGGCGUGUACCUGUGUUGGGGCGGUGCUGGGCCUGGCCUGGGGCGCGGUGACUGCUGGGCAAGGCCUGGCUGAGGUCCUCAGCGCCCGGGCGGUCGUGCUGGGACUGGGAGGUUCCCGCCGGAGGGGCGGUACGGCCUCUUGCAGCGGCUUUACUUUCCCUGUAGAAAGUGCUGCUGGUGGCUGUGUGGAGUGGCUGACGGGGCAGUGGUGGCCACAACAGGUGGACGAGACACACCAGGAGUAUUAUCAAACAUCAUAAAACAAUGAUAAAAGGAUUAUCAGCUGGAGGAGAUGCUGACUCUUCAGAAGCUGAGGUAUUUCAGAGUUACUGGGACUCCUGGCAGAACCUGUUCCUGUCACUACCUCACCCAGAGACAAGAGUCCUGUACCAGAAGAGGAACAGCCCUAUCAAGAGAACAACCUGGGAACUGACUGGUUGGGAAGAAGCUUCUGCUGAGAAGGACCUGGCUGUGCCGUUGUAGGUGCUACGCUGGCCUGAGCCAGCAGUGUACCCUGGCAUUGAGAAAGGCCAAGAGCAUCCUGGGCUACAUCAAGAGGAGCACAGGCAACAGAUCAAGUGAAUUUACGCAAGACACAGAAACGGCUAAAGAAGAUGAGGUCACUGAGAACUGCCAGUUACGGAUGCACGAAGAAGUUAACACUGAGGAAGGAAAUGGUGAUGGUGAUGAUGGUGAUGAUGAUGAAGAGGAAGAUGAAGACUGGGACUGGGAUGAUGAGGUGGGAAGGCUCACAAAGCGCCACAAUGCUGCUGGUGGAUGCAAUCCACAGGCAAAUAGACAGACCCCUAGCUGCUGUUCAGCAAAAAUGUCUACCCCUACAGACAAGGCUUUAAGGAAGUUUGAACAUAAAAUUAAUUUAGAUAAACUGAAUUUUGAUGACUCUGUUAUAAACAGAGUCACAGAAAAGUCUAGACAGAAGGAAGCAGACCUGUACCGAGUCAAGGAUAAGUCAGACAGAGCGACAGUAGAACAGGUGUUGGAUCCAAGGACCCGAAUGAUUCUGUUCAAGAUGCUAACUAGAGGCAUCAUAUCAGAAAUCAAUGGCUGCAUCAGCACAGGGAAAGAAGCUAAUGUAUAUCACGCCAGUACUGCAAAUGGAGAGAACAGAGCAAUAAAGAUUUACAAGACCUCUAUUCUGAUGUUUAAAGAUCGGGAUAAGUAUGUGAGUGGCGAAUUCAGAUUUCGUCAUGGGUAUUGCAAAGGCAACCCAAGAAAAAUGGUGAAGACAUGGGCUGAAAAAGAAAUGAGGAAUUUAAUAAGGUUGAAUACAGCCCAGAUACCUUGCCCAGAGCCAAUUAUGCUAAGAAGUCAUGUGCUUCUCAUGGGCUUUAUUGGUAAAGGUGAUAGGCCUGCUCCUCUGCUGAAGAACGCUCAGUUAUCUGACUCCAAAGUCCGGGAGCUGUACCUGCAAAUCAUCCAGUACAUGAGAAGAAUGUACCAAGAUGCCAGACUUGUUCACGCAGAUCUCAGUGAAUUUAAUAUGCUGUACCACAGCGGGGACGUGUACAUCAUUGAUGUGUCGCAGGCCGUGGAGCAUGACCACCCACACGCACUGGAGUUCCUGCGAAAGGAUUGCGCCAACGUUAACGACUUUUUCCAAAAGCGCAAUGUUGCAGUGAUGACCGUAAGGGAGCUGUUUGAGUUUAUUACUGAUCCUUCUAUCACAAGCGAGAACAUUGAUGACUAUCUGUCUAAGGCAAUGGAAAUAGCAUCGAAAAGAACAGAGGAGGAAAGAUCCAGUCAAGAUAAAGUGGAUGAGGAAGUGUUUAAGAAGGCUUACAUACCUCGAACUUUGACUGAAGUUAAAAACUAUGAGAGAGAUGUGGAUAUAAUGAUGAAAUUAAAAGAAGAGGAUAUGGCAUUGAAUGUUCAGCAAGACAAUAUUCUCUACCAGACUGUGACAGGGCUGAAGAAGGAUUUGUCUGGUGUUCAGAAGAUUCCAGCACUUCUUGAAAAGGAGGCAGAUGAGUCAGAAACGGACUCUGAUGAUGAUGAUGAUGGCAGCUCAGAGGACUCUGAUUCUGGCUGUAAAGAAUCUGUACAUCCCAAAGAUAAACCUGCUGAAGUCAGCAUGGACAAAAAGGAAAGGAAGAAGAUGGUUAAAGAAGCCCAAAGAGAGAAGAGAAAAAACAAAAUUCCAAAACAUGUGAAGAAGCGGAAAGAAAAGACUGCGAAAAUGAAGAAAGGCAAAUAAAAUCAGCUUUGCCUUGGGGAAAGGGAUGGUUUGUUGUGGGUUAUUUAGUUACCAUCUUUUUUCUUUUAAAAAAAAAUUAAAAGUCUUCUAUUUAUAUGCGUGCA